AUGUCGACCGACAAUGUCUCCUCGUCGACCAUUACCGCCGUGGCAGACACGAGCGCCAGCGCCUGUCACCUGCUCAGAAUCAAGGACUACUCGCGUACCAAACUGCUGCUUGGCAAUGGCAUGGCAGCCAGAUCGCCAGAGUUCAAGGCAGGCGGCUACACUUGGUGCAUCUCGUAUUACCCCAACGGAGUAUCCAACGAGGACGCCGAUGGCAUCUCGCUCCUCGUCCAGUUUAUAACCGCCAAGUAUGACGCUAUCGUCGUCGACGCUAAUGUCCGGUUGACCCUGCUCCCUCACCAUGGCAAGCCGGCACCGCCGACGCCGCACUGUGUCAGCUUCUCGCGAGCCUUCAAGCAGUGGCGCGCCUCCGGUCAGCGCUUCAUCACGAGAGAAGAGCUCGAGAGUUCGGGAUACCUUGUGGACGACUGCUUCGCCGUCCGAUGUGACGUUGAUGUUAUCCGCACGGUAGCGGUGGUCGAUCCGGUCGUGCCGUUGCUUGACCUAGAGAGGAUGGGGCUGCUCUGCAGCUGCGAGGACGACCUGUGCAAGCGCCGCCACGCAUCGGCACGAACCGUCCAGGCUGCCUCCACUUCGGUCUCUGCAUCCGCGCCCGUGGCGUCGACAAAGCAUCGCCGUCGUCAGAGCAGGAUUAAAGCAGCCUGGUUACGGCUCGCCAGCUAG